GUGAACACCGCUGCUGCGUCCACUCGCGCGCCCCCUCGCUCCCGAUGCGCUUCUUUUCCUGAAAGCCUGCAUAUAGAUGUUUCGAUUUCAGUCCCUGGACGAUGACUGUACCCUGGAGGAUGAAGACGAGGGACUGAUAGAAGAAGAAGAUGAAAUUGAUCAGUUCAAUGAUGAUACGUUUGGAGCUGGUGCCAUUGAUGAUGACUGGCAGGAGGAACACAAACGCCUGGCGGAACUGGAUGAGCGGGACGGGCUGGGGUUAGGAGGAGUGGGGAUGGGAGGAGACCCCCAUCUGGGAAGAGCAGGGGACCCAUCCUCUCCCCGUUUGUCUUCAGCCUCUACUCCUCACCCCCUUCCAUCGUCCCUCCCUUCAGUCAGCUUCUCAUCCUCCACUGGUCUACCCCCCCCAGAUGUGGAGGAUCGGCCAGGCCCAGGGGGGGCGGACCUGGCUGAGUCUCUGGCCAGGCUCAUCUUGGAGGCAGAUCCGGCCAUCGCUGGAGUGGGAGCAGCUGAGCGGCCUGGCCUUCCCCCUUCCUCAUCAGGACCUGGGCUGGCUCCUCUGCAGGGGCUGGAUAGAUCCAGAGUCCUGCCCCAGUCCUCCUCCAUCCCACACCAGCACCCCCCUCACCCACAACAUCAGCUGCCUCCUGGUCCUUCCACAGCAGGCCUGCCUCCUGCCCCCCCUCCAUCCAUGCUCAGUUACCAGCAGCAGCACUUGCUGCGCAGAGGGACGUCCCCCCUGGGUCAGAUGAACUCUCACAGUAUCUGGGACAACAGUAUGGGCUUUGGACCGGUGAGUGUGAGCCCUGGACUGGUCACACACAUGGAGGAUAGUCCACUUAUGUCCAUCAUCAAGGAGGUGGGUCUUCCUAAAAGGCCUCCUCAGUGUAGGAAUGAAGAAGGACGGGAUUUGUCAGAAAGGGUCCCGCCCCCGCGGUCUUCAUCUCCUGUGAUUGGCUCCCCUCCGGUCAGGGCGGUGCCUAUUGGGACCCCACCCAAACAACCCAUGAGCCAUGGCUUGAAUCACCAGAUCCACCACCCCACCGCCGUUCAUGUGAGAGCCCCGGUCCAGCACAGAUACCCUCCUCCUUUCCCUGAGCGUCUGUCACCCAACACCCUCCUCAAUAUAGCUAACUCUCCGCUGUGUCGAGGUCCGUUCCCUCCUGGAGUUGGUCCAGUUCUGUCUCAGAUCCAGAGGGCUCAGCUGCUUAAUUCUCAGGUGGCAGGUUUUCCUCGUGCUGGUCCAGCCCCUCCUUUGUUACCUGGUGGUGGGGGCUUCAGGCCUUUCUUUGGUGGCCCCCCUCCUCCACACGGUCACCGAAUGGGCCCCCCGCCUCCUCACGCCCCUCCAAACCACGCCCCUCCGGUUCGACACAACACCACCCACCUCCACCCCCAGCACCGCCGCAUGCUGACUCAGCGGAUGCAGAGCCGAGGAGGGGACCGUGGUAGGACUGUGGGGGAUCGGCGCAGCAGAGACCCCUACAGUAACCUGAUGACCCAGAAGGAGAAGGAGUGGGUGACCAAGAUCCAGAUGAUGCAGCUGCAGAGCACUGACCCCUACCUGGACGACUACUACUACCAGAACUACUAUGAAAAGAUGGAGAAACGUCAGGAAAGAGAGAGUGACAGCAGCAAGAAGGAGCACACCACCAAACUGAUAACUCCACAAGUGGCCAAGGUCGAACACACCUACAGGCCAGUUCAGUUUGCAGGCUCUCUAGGUAAGCUGACUGUCUCUAGUGUCAACAACCCCCGCAAGAUGAUCGAUGCCGUGGUGACAACUCGCACAGAUGACGAGGAGAAAAGAGAGAAGCAGGUUUGGAAUAAGAGGCGACAGAUCCUCUACACUGUGGAGAAGAUGUACAGUUUGCUAUUGGAGGUUCAAGACUUUGAAAAACGUUUUGUGCACACACCAGAGGAAGACAGGGAGGCUUUGCUGGAGCAGCACAAAACCAACACUGAUCAGCUGUGCAGCUCUCUGAGGGAGAAGGAGUGGGACGACAGAGUGAGUGAUGAACAGUGUGUGAUGAUCAUGUCAGUGAGGAAGGGCAAACGGCUCAUCUCCAGGCUCCUCCCACUGCUGCCGUCAACCCAGGCUGCCGCUGUUGUCAUGGCAAUUGCCCGCAACCUUCCAGCCUUGGCCAAGAAGGACAAGCAGGACCAGGUGCUGUGCUGGUUGGUGGAGCCAGUUUCUGCAGUCAUCCAAUCAUUGUCAAGCUCCGCCCUCACAGACUUACUCCAGGAGCUUCAGGGGAACGAGGGCCAACUGGUACCAGUCCUGCACAGUAAGUUUGGUGUGACGCUCUUGUAUCUGAUCCUGAGUGAAGGCGAGCGGAUGCAGAGCUCGGAGCCCAACUGUCAGCUGAUGGAGGACAACCGAUGGACCGAGCUGGUGUUUUCAGUGACAAGGGAGCUGCUCAGCGUCCCCCCCUCGUCCCUGUCCCCCCCCCUCUUCACUCCUCCCAACCUGCUGUCUCUGUUCUCACGCUACGUGGACCGGCAGAGGUUGGACCUGUUACAGGACAAGCUACAGAUCUCCAACUUGUCCAGGUAGAAGUUACUACAACAUCACAUGACGACCCCUCCUUCCCCACCCAAUGCAGACGUGUGUGUGUGUGUGUGUGUGUGUGGUCUAAAUGUGAAUCCAUGGUGGAUCAUUUUAAUUCAGCUAAAUCUCUCGUCACAUUUUGUU